GAUUAAAGGCGAUCUAAUAGAGUUGGCAUAUAACGUGGACAACAUAGAAACUGGUUGGGGAAAAGGCAGGGAGGAGGCAUACGUCGUGGUGCAAUACUACAAUAUUCGAACUGCGUGCUUGUGUUUGUCAGUGUCAUCAUCCUUCUGCAGUUCGUCGACGUCUGUGUUUUCUAUCCGUCAUGUCAGGGUCCCAGUCACCAGAUGACACCUUGAACGGGUCAUGGGUGGAGUUGGAGGGUCUGGUGGUAGCCGCAUCGUCACAGAGGGAAAGCCAGGCAGGACCACAGGACACUACCUCUCUUCUCCUCCAGGGGGAGCUGGAGAGGAUCCUACAGGAGGCACAGCUGGAGAGCGAGAGGAGUAGUCACACCGACAGUCCUCCACAGAUCAUAACUCCACGAACCUCCCCCCGACCAGCCAGUGAAGGCAGUGGAGGCAGCAGCAGUACAGACGUCAUCACCAUACAGUCUGAUGACAGUGACAGAAGAGUGAGCGCCGAAUGGGUCUGGGAUUGGUCCAGUCGACCGGAAUACCUCCCUCCCAAGGAGUUUGUGUUCCACCACCCCAAGCAGUCGGGCACGGCGCUGAGUGUGAGGAAGAGCGAGGUGAUGAAGAGAGGCCUCUUCUCCUCCGACAUGCUGCUGCUGCUGCUGCCCUCCCUGCUGGCCUCGCACGCCCUCACGCUGGGACUCGGGAUCUACAUCGGGAAGCGCUUGGCCUCCUCUUCGACCAACACGUUGUGAACUUUCCCUUCCCCAUUCCUCCCCUCUCUCUUGGUGGCAGCGCUCCUUCUCACAGAGAUCUCUCGCUGCCCAUAUAGUCUCCUAGCCCCAAACUCUCCAGACCCAUAUCACGUCUGCAUCACCAACCUAAACGGUCCAGUUAAUUGGAGUGACCUUGGAGAUCAGUCACAGUCUGUGUUCUUCCUUCCUCUCCACUGCCUGUCUUUGCCCCAUAUGUGAGUCUACAAUGGGAAGGAUCAUUUGCAGUACAUCUGUCUAUUGGGCUGGCUGAUUCUACGUAUGUAUGUAUGUACAGUAUGUAUAUGCAUAUGUAUGAGAAGAUAUGCCCAUCUUGUAUUGUGAAUUGGAGUAGUAGGAGGUGUUUUUGUAAACUUGUCUUCAAACUGUGCUGAAUGUAAGUUGUAAUGUGUCUGUGUUGUCACAUGUCAUAGUUAAUUCAGUAAGUUAACUCUGUAGGGGGAGGAUGUAAAGGGUGCCUUUGCCUUUACAUUCAGUUGGGGCCAUUCAAGCCUGUACAUCAAAUGAGGAAAAGAGGAGAGAGAAAAAGUGUGUGUGUGUGUGUGUGUGUGUGUGUGUGUGUGAGAGAGAGAGCGAGAUAGACAGAGAGAGAGAGAGAGAGAGAGAGAGAGAGCGAGAUAGACAGAGAGAGAGAGAGAAUAAGCAAAGAGAGGGGAAGCAAAAAAAAACAGGAAAGACAGUUUUAGUGGCAAUUCCUUAGACUCCUCUCCCCAACCUUCCGAAUAAAAAAGUGUGUCACCCAGGGACAGAUGUGGCCACUAUCCUCUCCUGAGGACACACACAAAUCUAGCGCCCGAGAGAUCACACCCAAGGUAGGAGCAGGGGAGGACGGAAUAGAGGAGGGGAAAGAGGAGGAGGAGGAGGAGGAGAAGUGGAGAAGUGGCGAUUGAAAAGGGAUUGCGGGAUUGGAGUAGGAUAUUGGCUGAAACAGGUGGUGUAAGGAGAAAGAAAGCGCUUACCAGCCUCAUCCUGACAGGUGUGGAUCAUGAAAAGAAAACGGAGGGUGUGUGUGUCUCGGUGAUGCCUGCAGUCUCUCCUGAGUGUGUAUGGGUAUGGUGUGUGUGGUGUGAUGUGUGUGUGCUAGGAGUGAGAGUGAGAGAGACUGUGAGAUUAUGGCUGUAUAGGUUUUCUCACCAAUGUUGAAAGUGACCACAUUAAAUCUAUCACUCCUCACACUUUA